GUCUGUCUCUCUACCCAUCACCACGCCGAACACAAGACGAAGACUCUCCAUGGGUCAGAAGAGAUGCAGCAUUCUGUAGGUUUGUCCAUUCAAACCCAAACCAUGGGAAUCACCAUUCAUAUUUAGCAGGAGCAAACAGAGAGAAAUAUAAUCCAUGAAAAAAGAUAAACUGCUAAAUGAUCACUGAGCCUCAUGAGGAACUUGGGAUGGUGAGAACAAAUGAAAAGGAAAAGGAAUUAAAAAGAAGAGAUGAAUGGAGUAGCUGCCCACACAGCGAGACAGAACACAAGUGAAGGUCGAUCUUAUUGUUCUUUUCCCUGUGGCAAACGUUGUGACUAAUAACAAAGCAAGGCACGAUGAGUGGCCAUAUCUGGGCAGUAUUGCUCUUUCUCUGCAUGUGGUUGGAGCUUGGGGCAAGUUGCGCUCUUCAGAGAGAAAGGAAGAGUGAGGACCAUUUGCAAACGGCAAGGAAAGAUGAGCAGACGGAACGUCUAGACUCGGAGGCAGGGCAGAACGAGAUGUCAUUUGUCAACACAGAAGGAACACCAAGUUCGAGAUUGACAGAACAGCAGGAGGAUAAAUUGACAAUAUUGGCAAGAAGUAACAGGCACACAAGGAAUUCUGAAACAGAAUUGGAUCCUGUACUUAUUAAAGAUAUUAUGAAAGCUGGAUAUGAAAUCGAAGUGACUCCAGUUUCAUUGUCUAACCCUAGUGUGAACACAAAUUCUGCUCCACUUAUUACAAAUUAUUAUAAUCCCAAAAAUAUCCCAGAAUCUAUUGUACAAAACAAAGAGACAACCGUAUCACCUUUUAGCCACAACUCUGAAAUAUCUAGACUAUCUCUAGAUUCUUCUGUUCCCACUGUACAAACUCCUGGAGUGGAGGAAACCAAAUCAUUAGACCAUGGAGAGCAAGGAAUACUACCUGACAGAUCUACUUUGAUCUCAGUAUUUUUGGAUGGCAGAAAAUCACGCAAUGCCAACACCAGCGCAUCAAAUGCCAACAGGUUCUUCUUGAGGCCUCAGUCUGGGUUAAACAUCAAUGGACAAGAUGUGCAUACCAUAGCGAUAGGCAACCAGGAGGCAUUCAGCAGUGGCACAGGAGGAAUUGAUUUCCGCCCCACCUCCUCUGGACAAGAUGAUAUGCAUUCUCAUUCCCGGAGCCGUAGAAGCUGGAUCUGGAACCAGUUCUUUGUGAUCGAGGAAUAUAGUGGACCAGAGCCAGUGUUGAUUGGAAGGCUCCAUUCAAGUGUGGACAAGGGUGACGGCCGAACCAAAUACAUUUUAAAAGGCGAAGGGGCGGGCUCUGUGUUUGUCAUCGACAGCAGAACGGGGAAUAUUCAUGUCACCAAGCCACUUGACCGGGAGGAGAAGGACCAGUAUCGUCUUAUCGCCACGGCAACAGACAGACAGACGGGCCGAGCCCUGGAGCCUUCCUCCCAGUUCAUCAUCCGUGUGCAAGACAUCAACGACAACCCACCUGUGUUCCAGAGUGGCCCGUACAGCACCACCGUGCCUGAAAUGGCCAACAUCGGCACAUCGGUUAUUCAAGUGACAGCCACAGAUGCUGAUGACCCAACCUAUGGGAACAGUGCCAAAAUUGUAUAUUCAGUGAUUCAAGGCCAGCAGUACUUCACAGUAGACCCACAGUCAGGCAUAGUGCACACAGCAGUACCUGAUAUGGACAGAGAGACUCAAGCGCAGUAUCUGGUAGUGCUGCAGGCCAGAGACAUGGGCGGCCAUCAAGGGGGUCUGACAGGAACCACUACUGUCACCGUACAUCUCAGUGAUGUCAAUGACAACCCACCUCGCUUCUCUCAAAGCAUGUGGUCAUUCUCUGUGUCUGAACUGGCCGUUCCUGGUGUGGAGAUUGGUCGUCUCUCGGCAACAGAUGCAGAUCUGGGAGAAAAUGCUCGGAUGGACUUUACGAUCGUGGACGGAGAGGCAGGGGACACGUUCAACAUAACCGGACUUAACCAAGAGGCUGUGAUUUUGUUAAACAAGGCUGUGGACUAUGAGAGACACAGUACAUACUCUCUCGCAGUGGAGGUGCAGAAUCCAAACGUGGACUCACGGUUUCUCAGGCGGGGUCCGUUUAAGGAUCGCGCUAUGGUGCGCAUCACGGUUCUCAAUGCAGACGAGCCGCCGCGGUUCUCCCGCUCUCGGUACCGCCUGGAUGUGUCGGAAAACUGCCCUCCGGCAUGUGUGGUAGGGAGAGUGGCCGCUGUGGACCCGGAUACUGGCCUCAGUCACAAUAUAAAGUACUCAAUUGAUCCUGAGUCAGACCCUGAAGCGCUGUUCCGCAUCGCCUCUGACAACGGUCUCAUUACCACGGCAAUGGAAUUGGAUCGGGAACAGGAGCAAUGGCAUAAUAUCACUGUCAUCGCUACACAGAGAGACAGCCCCAACCAAGUAACCAGGGUAGCAGUUGCCAUAGAGACACUGGACCUCAAUGACAACGCCCCCGAACUGGACCGUCAAUACAACACCGCUGUGUGUGACUCCAGCACUGCCGGACAGGUGGUGCAGGUAAUCCGGGCGAUAGAUAAAGACCAGAGCAGCUACAACUCUCCAAUCCACUUCAGUAUUCCACCUGAAACCAGCAGCUCCCUCAACUUCUCAGUCAGAGAGAGGGGAGACCACACGGCGAGUCUGCUGCUCUUGACAUCCCUGAAGGCUCUUCCACGCUCUUCAUCUUUACUAACUCUAAAAAUACCUGUAAUACUUUGUGAUGAUGCAUCAGAUCUCAGCAGCACGGGAACAGUUACCGUUACGCUGUGUCCGUGCCAGAAAGGAGGGAUGUGGGCAGAAGAACAAAAGCAACAAACGGACGACAUGGAUAAACCAUCAUCACCGGAAUGGGAAAGGCAGGCGGUGUGCUUGCCUUUACCAUCAAACUCUCCGCUAUUGGGAGUCAGCACAGCCGCCAUGUUGGCGAUACUGGCCUGUGCUUCGACUUUUCUGGUGGUGGUGGCGCUCUCGCUAUCAUUGCGCAGGCAGAAACGGGACACCCAGUCUCCAGUGGAAGACGAUGAGAUUCGGGAAAACAUCAUUACAUAUGAUGACGAGGGAGGCGGGGAAGCUGACACAGCCGCGUUUGAUAUUGUGACCCUGAAGAGCGCUCCCCAGAGCAUGAGGAGGGCACAGCGCCUUCGAGACAGCAAGAAUAUGUAUUCUCAGGACAAUCUGGACAUAAACAGAACGUUCAGCUGGAGUGAGAGUUUGGGUUUGGAUCCACACCGCCCCGUUUCUGCACCUCUCUACGGACGGUACUGCUAUAGCAUCCAAACCCUCCCCGCUCCACGAAACAGACUGGCACCGUUCAACUCCAGACUGGACCUCACCAAAUUGGCGUAUGUUCUCCCCGGUAGCCACGGCCAGCCCGGAGGUCCUUUAGAGUCCGGUUCUGUCUAUAUUGGCAAGAGCAGGGAUGGAUCGGAACAGAAAGGGUUCAACGGAACCACCGAUAGUAUUCCGAAAGAGAGUGAGACAGGAAGUGAGGUCAUCUCAGAGAGCCACACACUGAGCCAGGACCAGGUUCUGUUUAUGAAGGGUUCCAGUCAGAGCGGUUCUUCAUCAGAGGCCUCCAGCAGUUUUGUGGGGCAUAAAACGGGGUCGUCACCUCAUUGCUUGACCACCCGAGCCUCCGUUUCAACCAUCACCAAUGACGACUCCACCCCUGCUUCGGUUCUGGACAAAAACACCAACCAAACCACAUCAGGCCACUGCACACAGGAAAUGCCAUUCAGAACAAUGGAAGGGACCUUGCUGAGAGGUGGCGGAGGAAUAUCUUUAGCCAGACCUGCUUUCCUCUACCCAGAAGCUGCUGGGCUAAUGGGCUUAUAUGGAGUAGGUCGGCAGGACUAUGUGCCACACCUCAUGAUGCCCCUCCCAGGAGGGGCGGGGCUGUAUGAGAGAGGUUGGAGCUUGGGAAAGGGGAAGGCUGGACAAGCAAACACUGAAAAGACAGGUGGAGAUUCUCUAACAAACAGAAUGGCCGACUUUCUGCAACACCGUUUAGCCCUAGUGACCUUCGACCCCAUGCAGCCACCAUAUGACUCGCUGCAGACGUACGGACUGGAGGGAAGCGGGUCACAGGCGACAUCUCUGAGCUCGCUCGAAAGCGAGGUGGAGAAAGACAUGGAGAAAGAUGGGUUUGAAGAAUGGGGACCCAAGUUUCAAAGGUUGCUUGAUAUUUUUAGGGAACGAGAGAACGAAAAAGAUGAUAAAGGAAAACAGGAGGAUGAGAAUUUAAAAGAAGAACACCAGUUAGAAAAACCAAACCAGGAAGACGAAAUAAGAGAUGGAAAAGAGGCAGAGCAUGAGACAAAAAAAGACAAAUCGAGUGAAUCAAAUGAGACUGGGCAGGAAGAGGAGGAAAGCACAGAGGAAAUGGAAAAGGGGAAAAGACACUAAAGGGGAAAUAGGACCAGAGAGAAAAAGGAAAUGUUGUGAUGUCACGUCGUGACUAUUCAGAAGCAAUAACUGCUGAAAGGAGCCAAUGAGCACAAUCUGGAGAGAGAAUUUUAUGUGGACCUGCCAAAAAUCUGUAUUAUCAGUGUUUUACAGAGCCAAACAGUAUUAUGGAAGCCACUUCCUCGGUUUCACAUGCAUUCAUUCGAUGCCCAACCACACAUACGAGUGUGUGGAAUAUCUGUCGUCAGUUACUCACCAACAAAUCAUUCCAAAACCAGUUGACUUUCUUUAUUAUGUGCAACACAAAUGGAAAAAAAAGUAUUUUUAUGUUAUUUUGAUUAAGAUGUCUGUAUGUACAUUGGAAACACUUUACAAUAAGGUUCCAUUCGUUAACAUUAGCUAAUGCAUUAGGUAUCAUGAACUAACAAUUAACUAUACAUUUGUUACACAAUUUAUUAAUCGUUGUUAAUGUUAGUUAAUAAAAAUUCAAUUGUUCAUUGUUAGGUCAUGUUAGUUCAUUGUGCAUUAAUUAAUGUUAACAAAUGGAACUUUUGAUUAAAAAAAAUUAUUAUUAUAUGUUGAAAUUUACAUUAACUAAGAUUAAUGAAUGCUUAAUAACUAUUGUUCAUUGUUAGUUCAUGUUACUAAUGUUUUUAAUUAAUGGUAACGAAUGGGACCUUAUUGCAAAGUGUUACCUGUAAAUAUUUUUAAGAAACAUUUUUGCACCUUUUUAUGCAUUUACAAUGAAAAGAACGCAAAAGCAUCAUCCAUUAAAGUAGUCCAUACGACCUGUGCGAUAUAUUCCAAGCUUUCUGAAGUAGCGCUGUGCAUCGAUACAGACUUCCUGAUUUUAUUUGUUUAGAUUCCUAUGGGUAUAUUUAAGUUAUAACGUCCAUUUUGCUUACAUAUUAAAAGAAAAUAUUUCCCAGCUAAUGCUGUAAAUGAAACAUGGAACUGACUAACUUGUUUAAUAACUUGUUUAAGAAAGAUGCUAUAUAAAUAAAACAUAUUAUUAUAAAGUAUUGAUACUUUAAGACUAAUCCACCCAUUCCUAUUACCCAGUCCUUUUCUGAAGUCACACGAUAGCUUUGUAUGAGGAACAGACCAAAAUUUAAGUCAUUUUUCACUGAGAAUUGUGAGCUGCUAGCUCGAAAACCACUAUGACUCAAUCAUGCGAACAUCAUGAUUAUUUUGAUAAUCAUUUGAACUGUGGUAUUUGGGCAACAAAAUAAACUAUACUGUUACAUUAAUGAGGACGAGAGCUUUCAUUAGAUAUAUGACUUGUCUAAGUGCCAUGUGAAAAACUUUUAUAUUCAUAUCCAUAUUUCUACAUCAUCAACCCUAGGUGGCGCUCAUUUGCGAGGUGGAGGAUUUCAGGCUUUAUUUUGUUAUUUUAUCCAACAAAAAUGAAAAAGUGAUGGUAUUCUUUCAAAUGGUACCACAUAUGAGUGACUUAUGUAUCCGGAUACUUUUACAAUUUAAAGGUACUGUGACGCUUUUCAUCUGUCAGUCAUUUUGCUCCUUCUUAUAGUGUUGUAUUUGAAGCAGAUCACUGAGGCUAUGAUUCAUAAUGUUUGUCAGAUGAGGGCGCUAUUGUGCCACUGUUGAAUUUGACAGCCACAGGAACAAACCAUGCUGCUCUUUUGCUCGGUUUUGGUCUUUGGAGGGUGGGUUUUGGAAUGAGGGGCAUGGCAAAUUCAAUGGCUCAUUCACGUGAAAGCUUCAGAACACUAAAAUCGCUUACAGCACCUUUAAGCGUAAACUUAUCGAAUGCCUCAAGCCAUGCCCAGCGGGUCCGCGUAGUUUUAGAGGUUAAAUCAGUGAGUUAAGUUGUAAACAUUCAUACUGGUUUUGUGAACCGGAUCAAUCGAUUCCUUUAGAAGAUCAGAAUCAAAAGAACGGUUCAUUCUGAAAUCGGACAUCACUACUUCUCAUGAACCAAGGGCAGAUGUUAAGAUUUUCAGUGAAUUACGACGUAAAUUCCUAUCUGUUGCAAACACAAAGCUAUCAUAUGGCUUCAGAAGACUUGGUGUAUCAUGCACAAGUAUUACUGACCACUUUAUGGUGCUUUUGUGUCCCUGUGGAAGGUUGAAAGCUCCGGUCCUCAUUCAUUGUAAUUGCAUGGAAAAGGUUGACACUGCAAGCAAGUGAUGCAACAAAACUUCAUCGCUCCAAUAUUAAUCAAUGAGUAGGAUGCUUGCAAUGUAGACAGCUUUGUUGAUUAUAGUGGGAGUGAUCGAGUUUUGUAGCGCCACUCACUUAAUACAGAUUGCAGUAUAGAUUGGAUAGAAGAGCGGCUACAAACUAGAGAUGCGCUACUAAAGAGUUUAUUCCGAAACCAUUGAUUUCAAUGGGGAUGGUGCCAUCAUAAAACUGACAGACUUCAAAUGUGAAUAAAACACUGCAUCACAUCACUACUUUCUGUUCUACAUUUUUCAUAAAACAUGUAUAGCUUAAAUGUUAUGUAUGUGGUGAGGGAUCCACUAAAAUAUGCGCUGGAUGCAAUUCCAGGGAUGUUGGAUCUGGAUCGGGUUUGUUCCAGCACAGAUUAAGCCUUGCACACACACAUUACCAUUACAAGUUGCACAAGCUGUUUCUGUUGUAGUUCUCUCUUACACUUAAGUGAAUAAUUCACGUCAGCAUGCCAAGCCAAAGUUAUGAAACAUCUCAUUUGUGAAAUAUUGAUUUCAGCCCUGCAAGCUGCAUUGUUUGAAAAAUAGGUCUCAUGAAAUAUGUACAAUCACUGACAAAUUCAUAUUGAUGCCUGUGUAUUAAUAAGGGAACACUUUUGUGCAUAUUUUGACAGCAAGGAACCUAAACUGUUUAAAAUGGUUAAAAAAAAGAACUUGUUUUUUUUACUAGGUCACCGCAACCACACACGUAAAUAAAAAAGAUAUGAUUUUGAGCAUGACUAACUUUUAUCCAUUUUCCAGAUCUGUUUCAGUCACUUCACAAGUCAAGAUUCUUUGCCUUGUUUAGCCUAUUACAGACCAUGAAACCAUGUCACUUGUCAGCACUUAUUUAACCCUGUUUGUACACAAGACCUAUGCAAAUGAAUCCUAAAGACAAUGAACUUAGAAACUGAAUGUGAUUAUAUUUCUGGUAACACCUUACAAUAUGGUUCUAUUUGUUAACAUUAGUUAAUGCAUUAGAUACUGUAUUAUGCACCAACAACGAAAACUCAUUUAUUUUUUAAAGCAUAAAUUAAUCUUGGUUAAUGUUAGUGUAUACAUUAUUAGUUCAUAUUAGUUCAUAAUGCAUAUACAACUUUUAAUGUUAAAAAAGGAAUUUGUAAUGUAAACGAUUAACAUUAACAAAAAUUAAUAAAUGCUGUAGAAGUAUUGUUCAUUAUUAGUUCAUGUUAACUAUUGCGGUAACUAAUGUAAACGUACACAACCUCACUGUACAGUGUUACCAUGUUUCUUUUUCCUCCCGUUUUUCUGUGUUGUUUCUAGGCAAAUCUAAAUUGCCUUUUCAUGUACAGAUGUAAAUAUUGUUGGAAAAAUUGAAUUAAUUCCUAAAGACCACGGGAGGCAGAUCCUGAGAAUUUCUAACCUGUUGUAUGAUCACAUGUGAAAUCGCUUAAUGAACUGUCAGCUAACAUUCAAUAAAUGGUGUACAGUGAACUUUGUCAAACUUGGAUGUGCAGGUUUGGAAUAUUAAGGUGAAGUUCCCCCAAAAUUAAAAUUAUGGCAUAAUUUCCUCACCUUCGUGCUGAUCCAAACUUAUGAUAUACAUGGUAUAAUUUGGUACAUCCAUGGAAAAGGUGUUUAGCAAAAUGUCCAUACAACAAAAACAUAGUUUUUACAACGAAACGAAGCAAAAACAACUAACAAGGGUCGUCAAGCUCCAAAAACAACAAAAAAUUACCAUAAGAGUAGUCAAUGAUCUGUGUUUUAUAUUCCAAGUCUUCUCAAAACAUACGAAUGCUUUGCGUCGUAAUUUUAGUUCGUUAGUUAGUCCAUGGGAAUCUUGCUCUCCACCACAGCUCUCAGAUCUCAUUUGCACUUUUCGCUAAGUCAAACUUUCCAUGUAGUGAUCUAUGAAGACAGUCCUCCUUAGAGGACAGUUUUGUGUGCCUUCGCAAUAGUUUACGCUCCCUUGCAAUAGUUUGCAUGCCUCACAAUAAAUUUAAGAUGGUUUUACUAAAGUAACCCUGUUUUAACCAUGAUAUUCGUAGUGAAACCAUAGUAAUAAUACAGGAAAAUGAAAACAAUGGAAAUAAAAAUUACAAAUUUUUGGUUACUAUAUGGUUUACUACAAAUACUGGUAUUUAAAGUAAAACCAUAAUGACAAUAUUAACCAUGGUUAAUCUAUA